AUGAAGAGCAGACCCCUCAUCAUCAUCAGCUGCCUCAGACGCCUGUCAGACCGAGUACAGGCAGAGACCGAGUACCAAGCAGAGACCGAGUACCAAGCAGAGACCGAGUACCAAGCAGAGGCAGCUGUCACAGAGUACCAGCGGUCACAGAGUACCAACGGUCACAGAGUACCAGCGGUCACAGAGUACCAGCAGUCACAGAGUACCAGCAGUCACAGAGUACCAGCAGUCACAGAGUACCAGCAGUCACAGAGUACCAGCAGUCACAGAGUACCAGCAGUCUCCAAACGUCAGAGUUUCCGAUGCUUUGACGCUCUGUGUCACCAAUCUCUCAGUUUUAACCCCCAGCCUGCGGGGUUAGGACUGAUAAAGGAUGCCAUUGCAAACGAGAAGCUGUCAUUCCAUCUUUCAGAAGGAGAACAACCAGACCUACCAGAUGAGCAGGGAGCACAGGGCGUCAGUGUCAAAGCAGAACCCAGAGCAUCCAGCAAAGUGCCUCAGAAGACAUUGGAGAGAGCCACAUUUGCAGAGUGUCAGACCGGGGGCUUACCAGGGAUCAAACUCAUGGAUGAUGCUUUCAAAACGGAUCACGGCGAAAAGUCUGGAGCUGAAUCCUGCCAGACAGGCCAGAAACAAGAUGCUGAAGCAGAGGAGAGACUGCCACCCGGCGGGUUGAGCCAGUCCCCCCGACAGGCCUCCUUUGCCCCCUCCUCCAGCCCGGUUAUUCCCGUGCACCGAUGCGUUCGCUUUGUGCUUGCCGUCGCCCGCUGCGUGCUGCUCGGCCAUUUCUCCUGUCUCGCCUGGUCCCUAUCGCGCUUGGUCCCUCCUGCCCGGCCACCGUAG